AUGGCCAGCGGUCCGACAAACAUCGUUCAGGCCCUGUUCCAUACAGUUGUUACCGGCCACGCACACGAACCUGUUCGCGAGUGGCUCGUCGAUAACCUAGCUGAGCGUGGCCACAAGCGAUGGGACAAGGCCGUAGUAUCUGGCCUCGAGAACCUGCGCGGUCUAAUCCACGAGAAUCUGCUGCCCGCACUGGAGAGAUGCGCUAUCAUUCUCAGCCGCCUCCGCGGACUGGCCCAGUUCUACGAUUCACGAGACGACAUCGGCUUUACCGUUGCGCAAACUACCCGUGCAAUGGACAUCGUCUCUUGCCUUACAUUGGUGGGUCACAAGAUCCUACUCAAUGUCAUGGAAGAACUUGACCUCUUCAACGCCUUUUCCACCUGGAUGCGAUUCCAGAUAGACCGCCUUGCUGCUCCAAGCUCAGCAAGUGAAGAGCUGACCGAAAAGGAAGCCACUAUGGAGAACAGCAAAGUCUUGGUGUAUGUCCAACGUUAUCUUGUGGAGAGUCCCAUGGCCUUGUUCCUGAACGAGGUAUCCAAGGAAGAUUACUCGGCCAACUGGGAGCGAGCCGAGAGCGGAGCAUCUAUGCUCGAGGAGCUAGAUACGCAGCUUAGACGCCAGGAAGAGGGACAGGUUUAUUUAAAGGCCUUCCCGAAUGUUAGCUUCCUUGUCGAUUAUCUUACUGCCCGCGCGAAUGGGCUUUUCAAGGACAUUGCCGAAGCACAGAAGAGAAGCGUUCGCUUCGGACAGCCAACGAAGAUUGCAUUAAGUCGCAAGAUUGCUAGGUUCGACUCGACAAUGUGCCCCGAAAAGACCAAGGAAGAGACUGACGGACUUACUUUCACGGCUGUAACCGAAGAGGGCCGCGAUCAGGAUGUCUUCAUCUUCCGCACGUCCAUCCGCAUCAUCAAUGGCAUCAGCAGCAAUGUCACCACCGCAGUUGCAGCUCUAUCUAUAGGCGAUGGCAAGAUUGUUGAGGCGAGAUUUCUAAACAGCAGUACGCUGAUUUUGCUCGUAAGCAAGCAAGGCAAAUCCGCCAACAUAGUUACGAUUCCUGUCCAAUCCCCAAACAUAACCUACAUUCCCUACCAGGAGGGUAACCUACCCACCGCGACAGCUCUCUCCGAGCAGCUGCAGGGCGAAGACACCACAGUCACGCUCCCCGAAGAUCCGUCCUUCACGCCGGUGCGCAUGGACGUCCAGGAUGCCUCGGACGCGCGUGGCGAAGUCCCCGCCCGCGUGUGCGUUCUGGGUGCUAACCGGACCACCUACAAGGUCUUCAGUCUCGGAGCUGGUCCCGACGACACGCGACCGCCGGCGCCGGCGACAGCCGCAGCAGCACGGGACGUUUAG